AUUGCAAAUAAACCACUUCCUCAUCUUGUUAAAAUGUACGAAAUUCAACGCACUGUUAUCUGAUGACAAAAGGACAAGAGACAGAGAGAGAGAGCAGUGGUUCUUGGUGCACAGUAAACCUACAUAUUCUUUUGAAAAGCUGCUUGCUUGCGGUAGAAGUUCCUUCAUCAGCUCACACGUGUUUCUGAAGCGAGGCAGUGGAGAACAACAUGCUGACACGCAGAGCAGUAAAACACAGCAAAGUUUCCAGAUUCCUGCGACCAAGACAUGAGAGAUAAGUAAAUAACGCCGCGAAGAGAUCUUUAAGGUCCACCUGAUGGAAGCUUGGUUUAACGUCUCAUCCUGCAAUGUAGCCGAGCAAUGGGAGAUCGGAAUCCAGUUGAUCCCUGGUGACGAUCUCGGAAGAACGGUUCCUGAGCCAGGCGUGUCAGUUACCCCCCACUUUCCACCCACUUUUGACGAUGGAUUGGCCAGCCUGGCUUGUUAGUUAUUCUACUCAAUCGGCUCAGGUUAACUCUACAAGCCAAAGCCCCGAUGGAAACUUGCCAGUGGUUGCAGUGAACUAUUCAAAGUGCGUCGUGAAGGAUCCCAAAAACUACAAGUUGUUUAAGUACCAUUCGGAGCGAGAGGAGGAAGAGGAGAGAGACGUGAACGAGGAAGAUUUUGACUCCCUCAAGCAGUAUUUGACGGACGAGUUUUCCCCCUGGAGCACGGUGGGAAGCCUGACCGAGGAGGCCAAGCACCUGAAGGAGCUAGCAAUCGUCUCGCCCUUCCUCUUAGACCAACAAUUUGUCUGUUUGAACUUAAAGUCGUUAAGGAUUGUCAAUAAGCACGUCGGGGAGGUGGACAAACAAAUGAUGAACUUCCGGAAACUUCAGGAACUGAAUUUAAGCGUAAACAACAUUACCACUGUAAACUCUGCCCACCUGCCCAAGACUUUAAAGGUUCUGGAGCUGUGUGUGAACGAGAUCUCAAGCCUGAAAGAGCUGUGCUCCAGCCCCUUGCCUGACCUUCAGCACCUAGGACUCGCUUACAACAAGCUCGCUCGCUCCUCCCUGUCCGAAUAUCUCACCGCAGCCUUCUGGCCUCAGCUGGUGUCCCUGGAUCUGAGCUUUAACAACCUGCUGGGGUUGCAGGAGUUGGUGACACAGCUCCGCAGGCUUCCCAACCUCCGCAACCUCAUCCUCCAGGGAAACCCGCUCAACUUCCUGCCCCAGUACCGGGGCUACCUCAUCGAUAGCCUCCCCCAGCUCUACACCCUGGACGAUGUCUGGAUCUCUCCCAGUGAGCGGCACCAAUUCACAGGCCUGAGCAACAACGCACAGCUGCUUGUGAAUGCGGUUCAGGUGACGGUGAGCAUCGGAAACGUUACUGGGAUCUUGAACCCCGUCGCCCCCCUGGAGUCAAACCCAAAUCCACACCUGCUCGAGGAGACGAUCAUCGAGUACAAAUACUUUGUGACGUAUGAGUUUCUGACAGACGAGCAGGCAAAACCAGGGGACAAUGAGGGGAAAUCCUCACAGAUCAAAAUCAGCUCCCCGAUAAUUCAGAAACAAAACUCUUCCCAAUUGGAGAGAAACAAGCACCUGGCGACAGACCCAGGCACUCCCCGCAGUUCGCCCGUCCUCGAGAUCCCGGCUUUCAGCGGCCUCUCCGCCAACAGACAACUGAUCCCCGAGCUGAUGGUCCAGGCAGGCGCAAUAGCCAUUCCGUCUUCUGAUGUGGUUCAUCACAAGACCCAGGGCAUCCCAUGGGCAGAGCCCAUUGUGGCCAACUACAGUAAAUCUUUCUCGGUGACCGAUUUACUGGGCCUGAAGUGGCUGCUGUUGAGAGGCAUUAUGGUGGCGGUAAUGGAGGAGAAGGUCCUCUUCCAUCCCAUCCACACUUUCGAGCCGGAGGCAGAUAACUCUGGGAAGAAAGGGAAGAAGAAAAAUAAAGAGCCGGCCAAGGCGGCCCGAGGGCAGACGGGGAAAGGCAAGGAGAAGAAAAAGAAGAAGAAAUUAUCUUCGGACUUUCUGAAGGACCCACCAAUCCUCAGGACCCUGGGCAGCAUGCAGCUGGAGCUGGAAACGUUGGUGGGCGGUGGGCACAGCGUGGAGACCCUGUGUGACUUGGGGACCCCCUAUCCUGAGGUGGAGGAGAUUCCGAUGGUGAAGAAAGAGGACGGGAAAAAAAGUGGGAGGAAAAGGGAGGAACACGGGUCUGUCCAACUGGGCAGAUUGAGCAUCAAAAGCCCCCUCCCGAAAGAGAAACAGGACAAGAGGAAGCUCAGCUCGGCGAAGACUCCAGUCCGCCAAGGAAACAAGUUGGUCGCAGGGAAAGGCAAGGACCAGUCUGAGGUGGAGGUUCUGGAAGAUUCCAUCGUGCCUGAGCCCGAGCACCUGAAGGUACAGUUUAAGGUAGCCAUGCAGCACUGGCCAAGCAUGGAGGAGGCACUGAGAGACACGGGGGCUGAUGAAUAAACACAGCUCCCCCUCCACCCCCAAAGCGUCUCACAAACUCCCAAGGGACAUGAGUUGCUCUCCCCCAUUUCCCCCCCCAAAUUUUA